GUUUCUUUUGUCAACGACAUGUCCAGCAACGUGGUGAUGAUUAUACUUUUUGCCAGUGUGUUAAGAUUGUUUAAUGAAAUGCGCGGUUGUAGUGCUGCUCUGGUUAGAGAUGGUGACAGUUACUACGUCAAUUGCGGCAACGAUGACGGUAAAACUGCCCGAAACGGUGAUAAAUUAAAAACAAAAUCAAGACCCAAGAGCACUGUUGGUGCAUCGACCACGCCAAAGCUUACUUCGGCGCAAAUCGAUGCCAGAUCGAGGUUUCAUCCAUGCGACCCUCGUUUUAGCAAGCCGGAAUGUUGGUUUGAUCCUCGUGAUUGUUUGCCAUUCGGGUACAAAGACUCCGGCAUACAAGCCGCUCGUCGCUGCAAACACAACGAAGUGUGGAUACGCGGUGCGUGUCGUUUGAGAGACUGACAAAUUUUAAAUUCAUGUGCCGCGCACGUCCACGAUAUUUGUUGUAAUGCAUGUGGCAAAUCGUUGAGUUUUCGCAAUGAAUCAUUUAAAUCCAUAGUUUUGUUUUAUCAUGAGCAAAUACCUAUCUAUUGUGCGAGUGAAUACCUUUUGUACACAAGCGUCUUGAUCGUAGGAUAAUACAUAAGAGCGGACGAGGGAAAAAUCGUUAAAUAGAAAUAGAUAGAUAUCGAUGAAUACAUCACGGAAACUUGUUUUUUUAAAUCAUAUUCUCACUCUUUCAGCAUUUACGUAAACGGCAGUAGUAACAAACAGCUCGUCAGAGUAUACGUAGGUCGAUUUUUCCUUCUUCUACCAAUAAAAUGUCUCGCAUUGCGGUGAUUAUGUUACUUUCCAUGAAUAUGCUAUGGUUUGUCAAUCUUAUGAAUGAAUGUCGUGCUGCUCCGAUUGACGAUGCUGGUGACAGUGAUUAUGAGAAUCGUAGUGAUGAUUAUGACAGUAACCAUGACAGUGACAAUAUAAACGAUGAUGGCAGGAAUGACGACGAUAGUAACAGUGACGAUGCUAACCAUAAAAAAAGUGCCAAAAAAUUAGUAAACAACAGCAGCCCACACACGAGCGGAUCAACUAGGCAAGAGCUCACGGCGGAACAAAUUAAAGCCAGAUCACAAUUUCAUCCAAUGGAUCCUCGUUACAAGAGGCCAGAGUGCUGGUUUGACCUUCACUUGUGCACUCCGUCAGGUGGAGCAGGAAUUUUUGCUGCCAAGCGAUGUGGUCUUAGUGAGGUUUGGGUCCAUGGUGCUUGUCGCCCAAAAGACUGAAUAUCGAAACUUUUGGAAAAAAUUUUCUUCCUUUGUUUGUACUAUGUUCUUAAGCGUCAAAAUAAUAUAUGUUUGCGACAAA